AUGAGUACUCUGAGUUGGAACUGCCGUGGCUUGGGUAAUCCACGGACAGUUCGGGAGAUUGAGGACAUAGUGUCCCGAAAGAAACCCGACUUUGUAUUUCUGAUGGAAACCAAGUUUAACCGAGAUCAUGCAGAACGACUUCGGGUUAAACUUGGUUUUGAAGGCCUGUUUAAUGUUGACAAUUCUGGUUUAAGUGGGGGGAUGGCUAUGUUGUGGAGGGCGAAUAGUAUGGCAAAUUUGAUUGGCUAUUCAAAUAACUACAUUGAUAUUGAGGUGACUAUACCAGGUUUUGAUAAAUGGAGGAUGACUGGAUUCUAUGGCUUCCCGAAACGCCCCCAGAGAAGGGAAUCAUGGGAUUUAAUUCGGUCCUUGGCAGGUAAGUCUGAGCUGCCGUGGGUUAUUAUUGGAGAUUUCAAUGAUCUCUUAUAUCAGUACGAGAAACGGGGAGGGAACCCACACCCGGACAGUUUGCUACGGGGAUUUGGAGAGACUAUUGAAGAGUGUGGUUUAACGCAACUACCAAUGUCAGGAUAUCCUUACACUUGGGAAAAGAGGAAGGGUACCUUGAAUUGGAUAGAGGAACGCUUGGAUAAGGUGUUGGCUACGCAGUCUUGGAGGGAAUUGGGCUGUAGGGAGGUGGUGGAGAAGUCGUGGGGGGAAGGACGGGAUAGGGGAUUGCAGGAGUGCACAGCUUUUUGUGGAACUCGGUUAACACGAUGGGGUGGAGACCGUUUCCAUAAAUUUGGUGAGAAGAUUGCUGCCCUACGAAAGGAACAGAUGCGCCUCAGAGGACGUACGGAUUCGGUAUCCCUGACCGAAUUUAGGAGGUUGGAUGCGUGUCUGACUCGGAUUGAGCUGCAGGAGGAUGUAUACUGGAGGCAGAGAGCCAAACAGCAUUGGCUCAAGGAUGCGGACGCAAACACAAAAUUUUACCACAGUACACCUAUGAUUGAUGAGGACUUCUUUGGGGGUAUACAACCCCGGAUCACUACUACACAAAAUGAGAAGCUAGUGCGGCCGUUUGAGGUGGAGGAAAUAAAAGCAGCUUUAUUUUCAAUUCAUCCGGAUAAGGCACCGGGUCCGGAUGGGAUGAACCCUGGUUUCUACCAGAAUUUUUGGGAUGUGGUAGGAUCUGAUGUUGCUACUUUCAUCAGGAAUUCUCUGAAUAAUUGUUCUCUACCGGAUGGUUUAAAUGAGACGAAUAUUAUCUUGAUCCCGAAAAAGAAAACCCCGGAAAUGGUUUCUGAUUAUAGGCCAAUUGCGCUUAGUAAUGUGGUCUAUAGAGUUAUGGCAAAAGUGAUAACGGCCAGAAUGAAACCGGUGAUGGAUAGUAUUAUUUCUGAAUCCCAGAGUGCGUUCAUAUCUGAAAGGCUUAUUACAGAUAAUAUAUUGGUAGCGGCGGAGGUGGGCCAUUAUCUGAACAGAAAGCAAUAUGGACUAGCUGGCUGGGGGGCUUUGAAGUUAGAUAUGGCAAAAGCCUACGACCGUAUGGAAUGGUCUUUCUUGCAACGGAUGUUGGAAGCACUGGGUUUUGAUGGCAGGUGGGUCAAAUUGCUAAUGAUGUGUGUAUCCACUGUGUCAUAUAGUGUGUUGAUAAAUGGAUCAAAGACUGAACAAAUAACACCGACUCGUGGUUUAAGGCAAGGUGAUCCUUUAUCACCUUAUCUGUUCAUUAUUUGUGCUGAGGGUCUCUCAAUAUUGUUGAAACAAGCUGAGGUCAAAGGGGAUAUACAUGGAUGCAGAGUUGCGAGGGCGGCUCCCUCUAUUACUCAUUUGUUUUUUGCGGGUGAUAGCCUGCUGUUUUUCAAAGCUAAUAAUCAGGAAGCAGGAGCGAUUAAGCGUUGUUUAACAACCUAUGAAACCAUGUCGGGACAGGCGGUUAAUUAUCACAAAUCAAACAUAUGUUUCAGUAAAAAUACAAGUGAGGAAGUUCGGGAAGAGAUUGCUGAUAUAUUGGGAGUUGUACAGGCCCAGAAUUUUGGAAAAUAUUUGGGACUUCCAUUUUUUGUGGGCAGGAAUAGAAGACAGGCUUUCUCAUAUAUUGAGGAUAAGAUAAAGCAGGGAAUUGGUUCGUGGAACAAAAAGCUUUUAUCACAGGCGGGGAAGGAAGUUCUACUAAAAAGUGUGGCUCAAGCUAUGCCCACUUUUGCAAUGAGCAUAUUUCUGUUGCCUAUGAAUUUAUGUACAGCCAUUGAGAGAGCUAUGAAUCGGUUCUGGUGGAGGUCAGGAAAUGAACAAGGCAUCCAUUGGAAGGCCUGGGAUAAAAUGUGCAUCCCAAAGACAUUUGGAGGACUUGGGUUUAAGGAAUUGAGAGCCUUUAACCUUGCAAUGUUAGGUAAGCAGGCAUGGCGCUUCCUGACACAACCACAAUCACUGGUCUCAAGAGUGUAUAAAGCUAGAUAUUACCCUACUAGUUCCUUCUAUGAAGCAGCCUUGGGAAAUAAUCCAAGUUUCUGCUGGCGGAGUAUUUUGGCGGCUAAGGGGUUAAUUUGUGGGGGAGUAAGACGCAGAAUUGGGAAUGGCAAAUCAACUUUGAUUUGGGACCACCCGUGGAUACAUGAUGACAACCAGCCAAGAAUUUUAACAGAAAAACCGCCUCAGUUGGCUCAGGCAAAAGUGGAGGGACUGAUAGACCAGCAGACUGGAACCUGGGACCAUGAAAUUUUAGCGGAUAUUUUCAUAGCCCAAGAUGUGGAGAAAAUAUUAAAAAUACCUGUGUCUCUUGAGUAUGAGGAUAUGUGGUACUGGUAUGGCGACCCAAAAGGGGAAUAUUCAGUUAAAGAAGGAUACAAGGUGGUAAGAGGGAACUAUUCUCAACCGGAGGGUAACUUUCAUAAGUGGAAAAAAUUAUGGAGCCUCAAAGCCCCCCCAAAAUGGAAAACAUUCUUGUGGAGAGCUCUAAAUGAUAUUUUGCCUACUAUGGAGAAUUUACUUAUAAAGAGAGUUGAUAUUGAUCCAACUUGUGCAAUGUGUGGAGUUGGGCAUGAGAAUCUUGUGCAUUCUUUGAUCACUUGUGAUGAUGAUGGGAUUAUUUAUGCAGUGGCUCUCUUGUAUUUCAUAUGGCGAACGAGAAAUGGAGCUGUAUGGGAAGCAAAGUUGCCCAGGCCCCAAAACGUGAUAGCAAUGGCGUUGUCAUCCGUCAAUGCAUGGAAAGAGGCACAUCCCGCUCGAAGAAGUCCGCAAGCCAUCACCACGAUACCGGCUGCUAUUUUACCGCCAGUUGCGGCAGUCUACUGCCCGAGGGAAGGCGCAGCAAUUAUGGGAGAAGGGGAGGCCGAAACACUGCCAUUAUCACGGGAAUUUUCAGCAACCGUCCAACACAAUACUACGCAGAACGGGAGGAAUCAAUGUUAUUUCGAUGCGACGUACGAUCCAACAACAAACAAGGCAGCAAUGGGGGCUAUUAUAUUGGAUUCAUGA